GCAAAAAGAUCAUUAUCAUCAUCAUCAUCAUCAUAAUAAAUAAUCACUUUGUUCCAAUUUGAUUGAAACAUCCAAUCAAUCGGAACAAUAUCGAUCAUGGAUCCAUCUAGAUGGAUGGAUCCUUAUAGUCAUCUACGACAAGUGGCAUCAUCAACAACGACGGCGACAAGAAAUCAACAAUUGAUGAAUAAUGCUGUUUGUCAAUCACAACAGAUGAUGACUCAAAACAGAAAUGGUCUGCAUCAUCACAUGGCUGCUGCUGCCGUUGCCGCCGCCAGUGUUAAUACGCUUCCAUCAAAUAAUUGUCAACAGCAGCCGGCUAAAAAUCUAAAUAUCUGUAAUACGACCAAAACAAGCCAAAAACAACAACAUCAAAUGAAUCAAUAUGGAACAAAAACAAUGAACUCAGCAACCUGUGUUGAUCAUGAUCAUCAAUCAUUUAUAAAUAGCCAUCAUUAUAGAUCUUCAAAUUGUUCCCCAUGGUUGUUUCCAAAUUCAAGGCAGCAGCAGUACACAAAUCAUGUUGACAAUUCUUCAUCAUCAUCUUCAUAUGAUAUAAAUGGCCAUACAGAUAAUGCAGCUUCGAAUGUGCCAUCAUUCAAUUCAAAUCCAUUUGUUUCUACAGGUCAUUUGCCACCCCCACAUCAUCAUUCAGGAGUUUAUGAUCCCAAUUUUGCCGCAGCAGCGGCCGCCGCUGCAUCGUUUGCUGCCCAUCAACAAUCACAAACGUCAAAAUCCACAGCAAAUCAAUAUUUAUCAUCGAUGGCUUCGGAUUUGGGAUUCAUGGAUCAUACUGCUAUGACAAUGAAUAACAAGUCAAAUGUCGCUGACAAUUCGUCCAAUUAUAAAAGUGGUGUCAAUGGAUCAACGCCUGUCGAACAACUACAAUCCACGAAAACAACGGCCAAAGGAAUGAAUAAUAUGCAUGCAACAUCCACUGAUUCCUGUAUGGAUAGUGCACCUUCAUUAAGAGAUUAUCAUAAUGGAUUUUUCUGCCCACAUUCAUUACAACCGCCAACAAAUGGAUGGCACCAUGCACAAAAUUUUCCAAAUAACAAUGGACAUGUGUUUGAUCAUCAUCAUCAUCAUCAUCAUCAACAACAACAACAACAACAACAGCAACAACAUGGCCACAUGAUGAAUGGUGCAGUAACGCCAGACAAUGUGAUUGAUACAAGUUCAUCGCGCGUUUAUUCAAAGAAUCUAAACCCAUCGUUAUCCAACUGUAUGACUCCACAUGGUUUGCCCACCUGUCCUUCAAAUACGAAUAAAGUCAAUUUGUCAACAACAUCUAAUCAACAUUUGUCAUCGAACAAAUCUCAUCACAAUAAUAAUAAUAAAAGUGCUAAUAAUCAGAAUAUGAAUAAUAGUACUACCAAUUCACUAAAUACAAAUAAUCAUCAACAAACAUACCAAAAUGGUAAUUCAUCAUCAACGGCAGCAUUAUCACAUUCGUUUCCUAAUAUUCACCCUCAAGCUCCUCUUCAAUCAAAAUAUGAUCUAAUGCAAAAUCUAUCAUCAUCGAUGAAUUCUACGCAUCGUAAUAGUCACAAUUAUCAUCAUAAACACCAGAAUUCGCUUGUUGAUCCAUCUGAUUUGGGCGCCAAGUUUGCUCAAGCAGCAGCUCAAGCUCAUGAUCAUUAUACAGCAGCUUGUUUAGCGGCCGCUCAGGCUAUCCACCAUCAUCAUCAGCAGCAGAAUACUGAAUAUGCAGCGUUCCAACAGCAACAACAUCACCAUUAUAAUCAUUCAUCGCAACAGCAACAACAGCAGCUACAUACAGCGAAUAAUGUGAAUCAUAAACCAGAUUCAACCGCAUCUCAUGCUCAUCAUCAGCAAUACAUGUCUUCGACCGCGAUGAACAAUGCUUAUGCAGCUGCCGCAGCAGCUGCACAUAAUCAUCAUCAUCAUAAUGGUAGCAAUUGUUAUCAUCAAUCUUCAGAUUAUCCAACACAAACUGCAACAAACUUCAAGCGGGGAUCAACAAAUCAUCAUCAACAGAGUUUUCUCAAUUAUCCGUCAUCAUAUUUAUUUCCAACGAUGACACAUCCUCAUCAUGCAGAUGAUUUUCCAAUGAAUUCUAAUCCAUUCAAAACGCAUCAUCAUUCGAACUUAUUCUUUAAUGAUGAUGUCUAUUCUCCAUGUAUUUCUGAAACCAACAAUGUUUAUCCUAAUCAUCAGCAGCAACAGCCACAACCACAACAUACAUCAUCAUCCACAUCGAGUAAAUCAUCAUCGAAAACUCGAAAAAGUACAUUAUCGCAAAAAGUCAACAAUAAUAAAUUAAACGAUUUAUAUCAACCAGAAUUUGUAGCCAGUUCGACAAAUUCUUGCACACCAACGCCAGUGGCCAAUAUCAAUGGAAAUAAUUGCUGUUUGGCUAGCCAAACAAAUACCAAUAGUAAUAACAAUACAAUUUUAUGCAAUAAUAAUAAUGGCACAUCACAUUCACGUUGUUCAUCGGUGGCCAGUACUCAUAGUGGCCAUGGUCAACAACAACAGCCAUCGAUCGUAACGAAUGAUACAUACAAUUAUAAUUAUCCAAGUCCAGUUACAACAAAUCUUUCUGUACACUCACCUUUUCAACAAACCCGGUCGAGUACGUCCAAUUCUAGUCAUUCCAGCAUUAAUUCUUCAUGUGCUCUAAGUACAACAACAACAAAUGGUUCACAAAAUAUUCAAAAUAAUGCUACUAAUGGUGGUGGUACUGGUCCAGAAUAUUCAAAUUAUGGAACACCAAAUUCAGCACCGCCAUUUCAGACAACGACAACGACGAUGGGAAAUGUUUCACAAACUCCUACACCGACACCUGGUUAUCCAACGCCACCAAGUAGUGUUGGUCAUUCGAAUUCUCGUUGCAAUUCGAAUGAAGAAUUAUCACCAUUUUCAAAUAAUUCCAUGUCGAGUAAUAUGAGCCAUCAAUCGUAUGGACGAAAUGAUUACAAUAAAUCGACAAGUUCUUGUGGUUCACAAAUAUCACCUAAACAAGUUAACAAUAAUAUUGAUGGUACUAAUAAUAUGUCGGACAGUUUACCGAAUUUCAGUUCCUGCAUGGUGGCCGCUGCAGCACAGCAAGCAUCUCAACAGCAAACUAAUUCAAGUCAACGACAACAACAAAGCUCUCCAAAUUUGUAUACUUCAAAUGUGUUGGAUAAUAAUGCUUAUAAAUCUCCACAGUAUUAUUCCAUAAAUAAUGGAACAUCCGUAACAUCGAUGUCUUCUAAUGAUUCAGUUGAAACGACUAGUUAUACGAAUUAUGUUGAUUCCAAUAAAGAUUCGACGACAGUCGUUGGACAAUUGGCAUCAACAACCAAUCAAACAUCAUCAACAAUAAAGCUUCAGAUGGAUGAUCAAACAUCUACACUAACUUCUUAUGAUUUUACUAAUUAUUCAGAAUCAAAUUCUGAGAAUUCAUUUGGUCAUAAUUCAUAUCCGGAAACAUCCAAAACGGAAAUAUCCUCUUGUUCAAAAGAACCGGAUGUCCGACAUCGACAAUCAUCGAAUAAUUCUCUUCUGAUAUGCCAUGAAAAUAAUAAAAAUAGGGAAUAUUUACAGCACCAAAAUGAUGAUGAUGGUGUUGUCGAUGAUGAAGACGAUGAUGAUGACGAAGAUGAUGAUGAUGAGGAUGAUAGUGAAAAAGAUAAUUUCAAUUUAAGCUUCGAAUCUGUGAUACAACCAAUCGUCGAUAAUGUUGAUCUAUAUGACGGUGAACUGCACCAACAGCGGCCAUCGCCACAUUCAAAGCAACAGCAACCAUCAAAUAUUGUCCAAACUAUGAACAUGAAUAAUACUUUGGAACCAGAAGCUGUUUCAUUCGAAACUACAAUGGAUGAAUUGAAUUUCAUUCCAGCUACAACAUCGACAACCCCGACAACAUCAACAUCAGCAGCAGUAGUUGUAAUACAAAAUGAUAAAAGUAGUGAUAACUAUGGAAAUCAGCAGCAGCAGAUUACUACCAUGACCUAUCAAGAAUCUAGUCAUGAUACUAUAACCGAUAGCCGAGUAAUUGACAAUGAAUCAGGAUCAACAACUGUGGCACCUGCAACUAAUGUUGUCAUGAACUGUGGUAACUCAAUCGAAUCAUUAAUAGAUUCAUUACCAAAAACUGAAUGUCAUUUGCCGACAGUGGAUAAAUCUGGUGAUACUGAAACGGAAUUGAUGCCACUUGAAGUUGUACAAACGACUGACAGAAAUACAACGUUGACAAGCGAUGAUCAUCACCAUCAUCAACAUGGUAAUAGUAAUGCUGAUAGCUUCCUAUCCGAUCUGGCACCUUUAAUGAAUGACAAUUCGAAAAUUGCCUUGAUGGAAUCUACAUUUAAAUCUUCGAAUCAAUCGUUAGAAACGACCGUACAAGAACACGCUGAUGUUGCUAAUGGUACAACGUUCGAUAAAAUACAAAAGAGCCUUUUUGAUGAUCAUUCAUUGCCAACGGUUGAGUUUCAUCAUCAAUCGAAUAAAUCUCCAUCUUCACAACCAUCAAUGACUAUUUCAGGCACGGAUGAAGAUCCUGACAAUCAAUUCAGAGAUGUUGAUGAAUUUCUCAAGAGUAACUUUAAAGAAUCUCCAGUCAAUCAUCAGGCUGAUGCUUCAAUAAGUGCGGAUUGUAAAAAUGAAUUUAUUGAAGGAAAAGUCAUCUCUGCUGUUCCAGUCGCUCAUUCUUCGAAACAAAUCGAUCAAGAUUCAUCUAUUCAACAGGUACCAAAAGAUCAACUUUCUACGUCAAAAGUUUUAUCAGCAUUGCCAUCUUCGCUGAAAACGUCCACAUCAAAUUCACAAUCUCGAAAAUCAUCAUCCAAAUCCUCUUCGACAAAUACUCAUUUAGAUUCCACCACAAAAGGUUGCCCCGAAAAUCAAUCGAAUGAGACAAAACAACGGCAAAAACCUAAAACUUUGACAAAUAAACGUAAAUUAGAUGCAGAAAAUAAUAAUCAUAAUAAUAAAGAUGAUGCAAACAUUAAGAAAAAAUCAAAAAAAGAAAAUUUGCCCGACAUCAAUAAUAAAUCUAAAUCUCGUAGCCACUUGAAUGACCGAAAAUCGAAAAAAACGGAAAAAAAUAAAAAUAGUCCUGUUGAGUUAAAUUCCAAUGGUAAUUGUCCACCAUCGGCUACAGAUAAAGAUAAACAAGAUAAUAUAGUGUUGAAAUCGAAAAAAGCCAGAACAGUCAAUACACAAAAAAUAUCCUCAACAAAUUAUGAUGAUAGCACCAAAUCAAUCAUCAAUCUCGCUAAUGAAAAUCAAUCGCUUGGUCUCAUUCUCCCUGUGUUAUCGUCAAUAAUGUCUACCACGAAAAAUAGUCUUUCGAAGAAUAAGAACGAAAAGAAAAAAUUUACCAGCACUCAGAAUGGCAACAAUAAGAAAAAAGAAUGCUCUAACUUUGAAGUUAAUGACAAAAAUUUGAUUACGCUAUCUAAAAAUGAAGAUAAAAAAUCUGUUAAAAGUGGUAAAACUGAUAAGAAACUGGCUAAAAAUAAUGUAAAGCCACUUCCAUCGUUGGAUAAUAAACCAAAAAUUUCAUCAUGUUCUGAAGUGAAAGAAAAUUGUAACAAAAAUAUCCCAACAACAGCAUCCACAACGAUGACCGCAUUAAAAUCAUUGCCUAUAUUAUCUUCAGAUUCUUUUUCCUCUUUAUCAUCAAAAACAAUAAAUGACAAAUCAAUUCCAAUAGCUCCUAAAGACAUAUCGAAUCAAAUUAUAUCUAAUAUUCAAAACUCUUUAAAAAUGACUAGUAUUAACACUAAAAAACUUCCCAUUUCACAUCAGCAGCCACAAUUGAAACCGAAAAAUAAUUGCAACAAAAAAGAUUUGUCAAACAAAAAACUAUUGAAAAAUCAAUCAUCAGAAAAUAAACCGUUAUUACCUUCACCGUCAUCAACAUCUGCAAAUAAAAUGGCGACAACACCUGUAGCUGCAAAAGUGAAGAAUGAUCUAUCGAACCUAGCGCAAGCUAUUACAACUAAACCCAGAGUAUCAUUGGUCACAAACAAUGCCAAUCAGCAGCAAGCAUUGCUAUCGCCAAAUCUUUUCAACGCUUCUCAAUGUUUGAAUGCAGCUAAACCUUCGGCUGUGAAUCCCACGACAUUGACAAAUGUGGCUCCAACAUUGAUUGUCAAUCAAGGUCAUUCUGUUCAACCAUAUCAAGUGUCUCCUAUGACCAACGCUGUUUUGAUUUCGAUACAUCCAGCAAAUCCUACUCCGAUUCCAUCAUUAACAGCCCAGUCUUUCAUAGCUUUGAAUACGCAAAGUGUUGCCAGUUCGACUACUAGUAACACGACAACUACAGCGACCGGUUGUAGCCCGAAUUCAUCCCGUCGAAGAUCUCAAGAUAAAAAGAUUUCAACUAUCCGCGAAGGUUUGAUGCGAACAGGUGAUUUUGUUGUCGCUGAAGAAGAAUCACACUUGGAAUUGCCCGUCAUUUGGCGUAUAGAAGGCAAAAGUCUUUUGCAAAGAUUCGAACCAUCAGAACAGAAUGGAAUCACCAUCUAUAUUAAUACUUCAUCGUAUUCUGCAUGGAAUCCUACAGUGAGACAAAAAUAUUUAGGCCUAGAUGUGAGAAUUAUGGGAUGUAAUCGAACAAGAAUUGUGGUAGAAAAAAUAGGUCUCACUAGAAACAAAAAUGAAAGUCAUUCUCUUCACAGAGAUGCUUCAAGUUUUAAUGAAAAGGAGAACAAUUCGUUGCCAACGGAUUCAUCACCAUCGAACGUUACCACUUAUGUGGAAAAUUUUGAAGUUUUAAUUCAGACAUUGAUCAGUCAGGCAUUGGAUCCGAAUUUCAUUGCCGAAAUUGUCAAAGAAAAUGAUGAAUAUUUCCUAUCACAUAUGCAGACAAUCGAAGAAGUUUGUCAUACACGAAGGUCACGUUUUAUCGCCAAAAUCAAAUGGGAUAGUGUUAUACUUAAGAAUUUCGAAACAUAUUCCAACAUACAGAUCAAUAAGCAGAAUAAUGUUGGAGACCUUCGAUGUCGUUCAUGCCACGACAAUUGGAGUACCAAAAUACUGUAUUUUGAUGGUGAACCAUAUAAUCGUGAUACUUUAGAAAAAUUAUCUCAUGAUACUAUCGUUGCUGCAGCUGCCGAUAAUAAAAAAGUUAAAAUUGCUGCAUGUGAUAGUUGUACAGAGAAAAUUUUCCUUUAUUCCAAAUUAUAUCAUCAUAGAUUGAAUUUUUUCCUGUUAUGCAAAGCAAAAGUUGAGGAAAUUCAAAGCAAGGAUGCCAAUAAAGAAUCACAUAUAAUUCUACACGAAUGCCUUCAAGAUAAUGUUUGGAUGAAAAAAAUGUUUCAAGAGCUUGAAACUUUACUCUAUACUUGUGACAGUCAAUGUUGAACGCUUGACCGCUUCUUCCCAAAUUAAAGAACCUGGCAACAUGUCACUUUAGGCUAGUUUGUUCAACUUUUAUUGAGGUGACCCUUUUUAUAGUCAUAUUCCAGCAUAUGCCUUAUUCAUUCAAUUCAAUUAUCACUGAUAUAUACCAAUUUGUUGUCAUAAACUGGCUUCAUAAGAAAUCGAUAAUAUCCGAUCAAUUGUUCUAAAACCAAAAUUUCAUCUCGAACACUCUUCAUUUACAGGUAUACAAUUUCUUACAACGACAACUUGUUUUUUUUUCUAUAUUACAUAAGAAUACUUUUUCUAUAUGCAAAAAAUAUUCAAAGAAUUAAUUCUUGUAAAUAGCUCUAUAAAAAAACAGCCAUAUUUUGUGUAUACCGAUCAUCAUCAUCAUUUUAUAGAGAGAAUUAUAACAUUUAUAUAUUAGAGCCAGGUGCAUGUGCAAAUCUC